AUGGAGAAAAUGCAGGAAGAAUAUGAAAAUGCUGUUAGAAACAAAAGAUGGGACAAGAACCGAGAAUGUUAUGUCAACAGAGAAGGUGAACCUGUUGUUCCUAGGAGAGAUAUAGUUCAUGAUGAUGUUCUUCUAGUAAUUCCUCUAUCCGGCGAAUUUUAUUCAAAACGUAAAAAAGACAAGAAUUAUGAGAAAAAGCUGAAUAAAAUUAUCAGAGAUGCGAUGACAUCAAGUCUAAGAAAGAGGGAUGAAGAAAGAAUGAAGAAAAAUGUUGAGUGUAUGGUAGAAGAGUUGAAGAAGGUGGCUGAAGAAGUGAAAGAAAAAGAAGAGAAAGUUGAAGAAACAGUUGUUGUGAAUGAAGAAGUUGAAAAAGAAGUUGUUAUUGAAGAACAGCAGGUUGAAGAAGCUGAGAAGAAGCUGGAAAGUUCGGUUGAAGUGAAUAGUGAUGAUGGUGAUGAAGCUGAAGGUAAGGAAAGAAAAGAGAAUGAUGCUGAUCAGACAGAAGUUGCAGCAAACACCGAGGUGCCAAUCACUGAGGUGCUUCUGAAGAAAACUGAAUGUCAACCAAAGGAGAAUCGAAGCAGCCUGGCACAAGAAGAGGAGGCUGCUGAACCCUGUGUUGGUUGA